AUGGUCGUGCUUUGGUACGGUGACGAGGACGGCUCCAAUGCGCCGCAGAUAGUAGACCUUGAGAUCAGCAUAAACCAGUGCCCGUGCCCCUUCGUUCUUCGUCCUGGACUGGUCACACGCUGGUCAGGCCUCCACAGGUACAAGUCAUGACAGAAUGCAGAGUAAAACGCCGGCGGCCACGACCGUCGAAAACACGAGCGAUGGAAGUGAUUAGUCUGGUGAUCAGGGGGCUGUUUCGACAGAAUACUUCAGCAAGCCUGUUACUCGCAAAACCCAUACAUCAACAGAAUCAUAAGAAUACAACAAGACGGGGGGUGGAAAAAAAAACCAGAAGACUUCAAAGUCUGGACCGAAGUGGUAAAAUGCCCAAUGCCUCCCUUUUGUCCUG